GCCCCACCAAAUGCUUCAAUCCUCUUCCACUACGCAAAAAAACAACUUAAUCCCUUUAUACCCUUUGAGCCAAAACCCUCGCUAAAAGCCAACCCCCAGUAUAUAUAAAAUAAUAAGAACACACACUUGAUCAAUUUAUACCACUUUUUGAUAUGUGAAUAUAUAUAUGUAGAAGAGUUUAUAUCAAGACAUCAAAAAAUAAGAUCUACACACAACCAAAAAAAAAACAGGAAGAAGAAGAAGAAAAAAAGGUAUGGGAAGGUCACCAUGUUGUGAAAAAGCUCACACGAACAAAGGAGCAUGGACGAAAGAAGAGGACGAGAGACUCAUAGCUUACAUUAAAGCUCAUGGCGAAGGCUGCUGGAGAUCUCUCCCUAAAGCCGCCGGCCUUCUCCGCUGUGGCAAAAGCUGCCGUCUCCGGUGGAUCAACUAUCUCCGGCCUGACCUUAAGCGCGGAAACUUCACCGAGGAAGAGGAUGAGCUCAUCAUCAAGCUCCAUAGCCUUCUUGGCAACAAAUGGUCGCUUAUCGCGGGGAGAUUACCGGGAAGAACAGAUAACGAGAUAAAGAACUAUUGGAACACACAUAUACGAAGAAAGCUGAUAAACAGAGGGAUUGAUCCAACGACUCAUAGACCAAUCCAAGAAUCAUCAGCUUCUCAGGAUUCUAAACCUAUACAGCUAGAACCAAUCACGAGUAAUAACACCAUUAAUAUCUCCUUCACUUCUUCCUCUUCUACUCCAAAGGUCGAAACUUUCCAGGAAAGCAUAAGUUUUCCGGGAAAGUCAGAGAAAAUCUCAAUGCUUACGUUCAAAGAAGAAAAAGAUGAGCGCCCAAUCGAAGAAAAGUUCCCAGAUUUGAAUCUUGAGCUCAGAAUCAGUCUUCCUGAUGUUGCUGAUCGUCGCCAAGGCUUGGUGGGAGAGGGGAUCUUAACGACGCCGCGUUGUUUCAACUGCAGCUUAGGGAUGAUAAACGGCAUGGAGUGCAGAUGUGGAAGAAGGAGAUGCGAUGUUGUCGGAGGUAGCAGCGGCAGUGGCAACGGGAGUGACAUAAGCAACGGAUUUGAUUUUUUAGGGUUGGCAAAGAAAGAAACCACUUCUCUUUUGGGUUUUAGAAGUUUGGAGAUGAAAUAAUUAUUGUCAAUUUUUAGGCGUAACUGUACAAUCUUUUUUUUGCCUAGAGAUUUUGGAAGGUAAUUUCUUCAUCGCGCUUUGUAUCACGAGUAACUUUACUGUUGAAUUUUAAACUUUAUACAAAACAUAUUUUUAUUAGGCAAUUAACCAUUU